AUGUUCGCCGACGUCCAUCCCAAGGCGCGCCGGGACAAGCAGCGCUACAAGGCGUCGUCCUCCGGCGUGCCCGACGUCGUCGACGAGGAGCAGCCGACCCUCUACGAGGGCUACACGCGCGUCGCCGUGCCGCGGCCGGCGGGCGACGACGUCGCGUGCUGCGUUCCCAAACUCGCGACGGAGCGCGACGACCGAUCGUUCGCGCGGCUGCUGCGGCGGCGCUGCAUCCUCCCCUACUGGUUCCUCCUCGUCUUCGUGCGCGUCGCCGAGACGAGCGGCCACGCAUGGUCGUCUUCCAAAGAAUCCGAUCUCGGCUCGCGUGAUACCGGGUCACGGCUCUACCGCGGCCUCGACACGCCGCUGAAGCAGCGGAGCGCCGACGCGAUGGCCGCGCGGGGGCUCGUCGUCCAUUACAACCAGGCCGUGGACUGGGACAACUUCGCGCGGAUCGCGGAAACGCUCAAACUCCGCGUCGUCCACCUCCGGCGAACGGACACGAAACGCACGGCCGUGAGCGAGUUCCUGAACAAAGGCACCGCGGACUGCCUCGACGAGUAUGAUAAAUCGAAGGUCACGGCGCACGCGCAGCGCAUUUCCGACCUCAAGAAGACCUGGCGCGACCGCCUGCGGCAGCGCCGAUUCCCGAGCCUCGACGUCGUCUACGAGGACCUCGUCGCCGACGCGGACGGCGGGCUCCGGCGCAUUUUUGAUUUCCUGGGCACGCCGCCCGCGGAGCUGCACGACUUCCACGCCGGGGAUGGCAGCACGAAGAUGCACCCCCAGGAGUUCGCCUGGACCGACUACUUCUACCGGUACGAGGGCGGGACGCGCGUCUGCCCGUGGAAGCCCGCGAAGGUCCGCGACAAGCCGUCGCUCGGGCCCUGGACCGUCGACAACCAGACGCGAUUCAUCGUGCUCUCGACGCAGCGCUCGGGCACGCACUUCAUGAUGGCGGAGCUGCGGCGGCACCCGCAGGUCUUCGCCUUCGAGGAGGCCUUCUACGAGCACGAGGUGCCCAAGGACCCCGCGAAGUUCGAAAAGGGCCUCCGCGUGUUCUUCGGGAUGGACAAAUUCGCGCGCGGCGCGCUCUACCGCGACCUCGACGAGCCGCUGAAGCGGCGGAGCGCCGACGCCAUGGCCGCGCGGGGGCUCGUCGUCCACUACAACCAGAUGUGCGACUGGGACCACUUCGCGGAGAUCGCGAACAAGCUCGAGCUCCGCGUCGUCCACCUCGAGCGCAAGGACGCGAGGCGCACGGCCGUGAGCGAGUUCCUGAACCACGGCGACGCGGACUGCCUCAGCGAGCAUCAUAUAAGGAAGGUCGCGGCGAAGGCGCGGAGGAUUGCCCACCUCAAGAAGACCUGGCAGGGCCGGUUGCGGCAGCGCCGAUUCCCGAGCCUCGACGUCGUCUACGAGGAGCUCGUCGCCGACGCGGACGGCGAGCUCCGGCGCAUUUUUGAUUUCCUGGGCACGCCGCGCGCGGAGCUGCACGACUUCCAGGCCGGGGAUGGCAGCACGAAGAAGCACCCCCAGGAGUUCGCCUGGACCGCGUACUUCUACCGCGACGAGGGCGGGACGCGCGGCUCGAACGCCUCGCUCUCGAGCGGCGUGCCCGAGCCCGUGCCCGAGGACCACGUCGUGACCUUCGGCGAGUCGAACCGCGUCGCCGUGUCGCGGAGCCGCGACGACGACGACGUCGCGUGCUGCGCGUUCACGUUGCCCGACGCGGGCGACGAGCGCCGCUUCGAGCGGCUGCUCCGGCGGCGCGUCGUCGCCUUCUGGUGGCUGCUCUGCGUCGUCGCGCGCCUCGCCGAGAGCAUCAACAUCGUGAACUCGGGCCUGGGCAAUUCCGCGGCGUCGCAGAUCUGGACCGCGGCGUUCGUCGUCUUCUCGUCCGUGACGGCGACGGCGCCGCCGCAGUUCCAGGCCGCGUGCCUCGAGCGCGCGCACCACAUCUCCCUCGCCUACACGCUCGUGACCCACGUUGUGCGCUUCCUCCGCGUCUACGAGCUCAGCGACGCCGCGCGAGAGGUGGAAAUUCGCGUCGUGUACGCGUCGAUCCGCCGGAGCCCGAUCUACUACGUGCUCAUCGUGCUCCAGGGUUUUUGCGUGGCCUUUGUGUGCAACGGGCGCCUCGCCUUCCAGGCCCUCUACGUCAUGCUCCACCUGUCGAUGAGCCUCGCGGUGACGCGCGCCGCGGGCGCGGAUUUCGACGAGGUCGCGCCGUCGGCGUUCGCGUGGGUCGUCGCCAUCGCGGCGGCGAACGGCGUCGUCUACGGCGUGCUGAAGCCCCUCUGGCUCCGGGCGCAGCGCGGCGCGAACGAGGCGCUGAAGAAGCGCGUCGAGCAGCUCGGCCGCGAGAAGGAGCGCAUCGUCUGGGAGUGGCAGCUCGACGUCUCGCGCCUCGCGCCGCGGUCGCCGGACGACGACGAGGACAUCUCGAGCCCGCCCGACGACGGCGACCGGUCCAAACGACCGGGGGACGUCGUCCUCGCGGGCUCGCCGAACGCGUCCCUCGGGGAUCUCGACCUCGACUUCUCGCCGUGA